AUGUCAGGGCCCGAUUCUAACUACUUGGAGUCUGUUGGUGACGACCUUGUCCACUUAGGUGGAAACUGGGCCAGCCUCCAGUAUGAGCUCGAGUUGAACCAGGCCAACCAACCCAACCGUCCCGCUCCCCCUCCCACAGAUUCAACUGCGGCUCCGCAGUCGCGCUUAGGGCCGGCACCUCUCCCGCAUCAACCACCGACAACAGAGCUAUCGACUGUGGCGAUGACAACUGACGCUCAGCCAUAUGGCCAGUCUUCAUCCUACGAAUCUGCAGAGGCCGAAGAAACGAACCAGGAACCGACACCACCCCGUGACCAGCACCGACGAGGUUACCAAGCCUGCGAUCCAUGUCGAAAGCGCAAAGUAAAAUGCGACCUAGGCAGCGUAGACAAUCCUCACGAUCCUCCAUGCAUGCGAUGUCGUCGGGAACACAAGAACUGCGUCUUCUCGACAACACGGCGCAAGCGCAAGCAAUCCCAGGAGGCAGACGAUGCUAGCAGUGAUGGCGGGCUAGGAAGAGACAAGAGACGUCUCACAGAACCAACAGAACCAACGGACGAUUCAAAGGACGACCGUCUUGGUUACUCAUAUCCAUACUCUUCUGCCUCACCUUAUCCCCCAAAUGUAAACACGGGGCCGCAAUGGCCUUUGCACCCUAUGCAAACGAGUUAUCCUAUGCAACCAAGAUCGUCAAAUGGUUAUGAGCUCAAUAUGAUGGUUGACUCCAAUUCUUGCACAGGUGGAAGGUCCUCACAAACACUCUCACCCAGACCUCUUGCUCCAAUCACUUCCCCACGUACCAACCCCAGAAAUGCAAAUGAGCACAUGGUCAAUAAAGAAGCUGCAAACAUUCUGCAUCCAUCGAUAGCUACCAGCCAUGAAGCGCUGCAUUUGCUGUCAGUAGCUGCAGGGCAAACAGAAGAAGCGAACCGCCAAAAUUCACAAAGUCUUCCAAGUCACCUACUGUCACCUUCUACCACCCUUGGCACUCCAAGCUCUGCAGGUGCCCCUCAUCGUCGCACAAUGUCAAAUACCAUGGCUCCUGGAGAACAGACCUCUGAUCAAGCGGCCAGCUAUGGCAUGAGGAGCGGCCCAAACUCCAAUACUGCCGAGAACCAGAAUUACCAGGAAGCUCUCAAGAUGUGGUCAAGGAUGAGACUUGUGAAGGAUGGAUGGUUCACAGCAACAGAAGCAAUGGCAUACAUCGAUUACUAUUACGAGCAUCUUGCUCCUAUGACGCCAGUGGUGAUCAAUAACUAUCGGCCACUAUCCAUGCACACCAGUCUUGUCACUGAUGAGCCUAUUCUUGCUAUUACCAUGCUGACCAUAGCUUCUCGUCACAUGCAGUUAGCAGGUCCAGGGGCAACAAGUCGAGCAUAUCAAAUCCAUGAUGUCCUGUGGAAUAAUCUACGAGGCAUGGUGCAGCGGUUGGUCUGGGGCCAGGAGCAAUUCGGAGGGGGAUUUUGCAGCGGUGGUGCAGUCAAGACUCACGAGUCCCGGACUGGACAGAUCACUUGGAAGGGCAGUUUGCGCACUCUGGGCACCAUCGAAGCUCUGCUCUUACUGACUGACUGGCAUCCCCGUGCACUUCACUUUCCCCCAGGAGAUAAUGAGAAUCGAUUGUUGGAUGCAGACUUCCCUCUCAGCGAAGAAGAUGAAGCUCCCAAAGCUGCUAGUCUAGAAGCGAAUGAAGACGGCAAGGUGGCAUUCUCGAGCUGGCUUGAGCCUGCAUGGCGUUCAGAUCGAAUGUCAUGGAUGCUUUUAGGUGCAGCCGUUACGUUGUCAUUCGAGCUUGGUGUGUUUGACAAAGAGCACUACAACUGCAAGCAUCAUCACGGGCCUGAUUCUGAAUGCGCCAGAAAGCAACGCGUGCGCAGAAUGGUUCUAGUUUACGUAUCUCAAACCAGCGGUCGUCUUGGCUUUACUCCAAUGCUUUCGUUCGAAGCAUGGCGAAAGGACGCUGUGUUUGAGGAGACCGACCCCAUCCAUCGCACCGGCCCUACUAACCCGAUCGAGUUGAUGCAGGAAUGCUGGAUGGGAAUUGCUGGUCUGAUGUACAAAGCCAAUGAGGAGAUCUUUUCAUCUAAGCAGUACACCCGAGACCUGACCAGUAGCGGGCAGUAUAUCGAGGCCAUUGCCAAAUUCAAGCCAAUGCUACAAGAUUGGAAAGCCAAGUUUGAUCGCGUACGACACCAGUUCGACCCGGUCAUGCAGCAUUUGUUGUCAAUGGAGCAUGAUUACGCUCGCCUCUAUAUCAACUCUCUGGGUCUGCAAAAGGUAGUCGAGUCGUGGAUCAACAUAUCCAACGAGGCCGCAACCACUGGCAACAACCACAACAAUGGCAGUCAUGGUGUAGGGGAUGCAUCUGCGGUCAGCGGCGGAAUCACAUUUUCACUGUUGCUUGAGAUCUGGCGACCCAACAAAGAGUACAUUGAUGAGGUGUCUGACGCCGCACGAAGCAUUCUCAAGACGGUGAAGGAAGGUCUAGUGCCCGGGGGACAUCUGACUCAUGCUUCUGUGAGGUCGUACUUCCGAAUUCUCUCGGGUCUCAUGUUCACUUUAAAGCGCUUCAGUUUUGGUGCCUCCGAGCAAGGUGUUCGAGAGUCAUUCAUGCUCCUCGACUCGAUCACAGACGAACUCUCGCGCAGUGUUGUCGACGACGUUCACCUGAGCGCUCGUACUGCUGAACUGGUCAAGAUGUUGUCUUCUCAUCUACAUGCAAAAUUCAUCCGUCUCCAAGCACCUAACAGUGGCUCAACUGGAAGUAGUCGGGAGAAUUCUCGCCAUCAAACGCCUCAGCGUCAACAAGACCAGUCAAGCCUACAACACCAGUUCGCUGGUCAGCCUGGACAGCCGCAAGCGCGAACAGCACUGAAUAACCCGUUCAUCUUCGGCCAACACCUUCCUAGUCUACACGAUCCUCUUGCAGGGAUACAAGCUCAGUCGAUGAGCGAAGUCACGAAUGUCGCAUACAUGCCACCAAUUAACUACAAUGACUACAUGGAGGGCAAUCACGGUCUCGGGCAGAAUCCAGCUGAUUUUGGAACCGGCGUUGACGAGCUUGGUGAUUGGUUCGCGCUUCCCUUGAACAAUUUCUUCUCUACGGACCCUGCACUAGUACAUCAAGGUUUUGGUGGCAUUGGACCAACAGUUGGAUCCCGGGAUAUGCUGGAGUUUAUUACCAAUGAACAGUAUGAUCGAUAG